AUGAGAGCCACUAAGCCAUUUGAUGGUGACAACAUGUACAUGAAUGAAAAUAACCAGGAGUUUCUCUCCCCAAAUCAGAGCUAUUCCGGACAGGGAGGAGGAGGUGGUGGGAACGGUGCGGGGGACGAGGACUACGAGAUCCCCCCCAUCACCCCUCCUAACCACGCCGAGCCCUCCCUGCUCCACCUGAUGGACCCCGAGUCAGGCUACCUGUGCCACUCCCUAGGGGCCCACCACAACGGCCUGCUCAACCCCUACUCCUACCAGGAGCUGCCCGCCCUCAUGAUGUCCAAUAUGCUGGCCCAAGACGGCCACCUGCCCUCCAGCCACCUGCCCUCGAUCCAGGAGAUGACUCGCCACGACGGCUCACAUUAUGACCUCAGCCGUCACAACCCCCAUCUGAUAAACAUGUCACCUAGGAUACUGUCCCAUCAGCCCAUGAGUGCACUGUCCCAACUGAACUCUCAGGUUGGCCGGAGUGCACUUACCCAUGGUUCUCCCUCACCUCCUGGAAGUAAAUCAGCCACACCCUCUCCCUCGAGCUCUACACAGGAAGAGGAGAUCGAUUCCCACCAUAAGCUUAGUGCCUUGUCACUUACCAUUGCUCUGUUGCUGUUUGUCUCUCUCUCGCAGGGCUACAAGAGGAAAACAGAGGCGGCGAAGAAAGAGUACCUGAAAGCCCUGGCCACGUACCGAGCCACUCUGGUUACCAAGACCUACAAUGACCCUGUGGAGACGAAAAGUGUCCAGACGAGCCAGCCUUCCUCCCACAUGAUGCCCCCCAAUCCAGCCCUGUACAGCGUGCCACCCCAGCCCUCCUCCCCCUACAGUCUGGGGCCGGGGGGCUUCCCCCUGUCCGACAUGCAGGGCUACGCAGGGGCUACGCGUCACGCACUCUCCCGGACCCUCAGCCAGUCUCAGAUGCUGCCCAGCAUUAGUGCCUCUCCCCCUUCCUCCUUCCAGAUCAGCCCGCCCUUGCACCAACAGCUCUCCAUGCACCAGAACUCCCUCCUCAACCAGCCAAUCCGCAUGCAGCACGGCCAGUCCCAGCCAAUCAUCUCCCACCAGAUGGGACUCCAGGCCUCUCUUCACUCACCUCCUCCUGGCCAGCAGGGAUUUUCCCACCUACAGUCAGAGUACCAGAAAAGUGUGGGUUCCCAGUCUCCAGGGGCCCCUAACCCUGGAGGGAGACAGAACCACGAGUGGGACAGUGAAUACUGUGAUCGGGAGUGUGGUGGCAACCACUGCAGUGGCAGCAUGAUAGCCAGGGACAAGCCACUCUACCUCACUUGAAACUGGAGGUCGACAAGAAAAGACACCAGGGAGUCAGCCCUCAACAUCCCCACAUACACCACCUCCCCAACCCCCCAACCCACUCCUACCACCACCAACCACCACCUCUUUUUGUCAAUGUAAUCUUUUCGGUUUUUAGAAAGAUUUGUGCAAAGUUCCGAUGACUACUAGCGAUUUUCUUCUUUUUUCCCUCAGUGUAUUUCUUCUCCUGCCUGAUUCUAGAGCUCUCAUCUUUGUCUCAGAGUAAAGGCAAAUUGAAGAACCAUGAAAAUAGCCCCCCUCAGGGACUAAACUGAGCUUUAAUUGGAAUAAAAUGAGCAAAAAGCAUUCUUCUUCUUUUCAUUCUUCUUCUUCUUCUCGUUUAAUCAUUUUUUAAAUUUAUUUUGUUUUCUUUUCUUGUUGUUGUUUUUAUUUCUUUCUGCUUGCUACAUUUUCUUUUGCCAAUGACAGUUCCUGUACUGUAGGGGAAAUACUUUKCUGGUAGGUUUCAGCACACAGGCCUUGAUGUUACUGUUGCUUUGCUUUAGGGUCUGUGAAUUAUAACAAUACAAAGUGAUGGGCUGGGAAAGGAUAAUUACAUAAAUUCAACCUUUUUUUAAUGAAAGACCUGUGGAGGUUUACCAAGCUGUCACAGUGUGAUUGUAAAUAUCACUUUUAUGGGAUCAAAUUGGGAAUUCAAAGUACAGAUGGCUUUUUUCUUCUUCUUUAAUAUUACCUGUAAGUCAUUGGUUUGUAU